AUGGAUGAAUCGAUUGCGCAGCAGCAUGUGGCGGAGACAGAGCAAUUAACUGAUCCGGUUGGAGUGGCAGAUAGAGAGAAUGUUAAUCUAGCUGAUCAGGAUUUGGUAGGGAUGUCAGUGUUUUCGGUUGAUGAAGCAUAUGACAUGUAUAAUGACUAUGCUUUUAGAGUAGGUUUUAGUGCGAGGAGGGGUAAGCAAAGAUAUACUUCUGCUACAAAAACAAUGAAGACGAAGAUGUUUCAUUGUUCGAAUGAUGGAUUUAAAAGGAUUACAGGAAAAUGGUGUUAUUCUAAAAUUGAUGGUCGUACAGGUUGCGGUGCAUUUAUCCAAUUCGAUUUACAUGAGAAUGGGAUGUGGAUUGUUUCGAAGCAUGAGAAGUUGCAUAAUCAUGAAUUGGUUCCACCAAGCAAGAGUUACCUUCUAAGGUCACAUAGGAUGGUGUCUAGGAAUCAUAUUUCCUAUCUUACUGAUUUGAAGAGCAGUGGUGUGUCUGUUGCAGAUGGUGUAAGAUUCCUUAAAACACAAUCAGGGGGAUCACCACUUGUUGGUUUUACAAGUAGGGAUGCAUAUAACUCUUUAUGUACCGAUGCAUUGAACAAAUUGGAUGGGACUGAUUCAAACACACUGAUUGAAAUAUUCAAACGGAGGCAGUCAAGUGAAAGGGAUUUUUACUUUGAUUUUGAGACAUUUUUGAGAUCUAUGGAUUACAAAAGUCCACAAAGUAUAAUGACUGAUCAAUGUGCUGUUAUGGCUGCUGCAAUUGUUCAAGUUUUUCCAAGUUCACGACAUCGGCUAUGUAUAUGGCAUAUUGGUGAGAACUCAAAGAAGCACAUUAAAGGGUUAAGAAAUCAAAAAGAUUUCUUAGAUAUAUUCAAUUGUUUGUUGGAGUAUAUGCAUACAGAGGCAGAGUUUGAAUUUUACUGGACAAGGAUGGUUACAACAUAUAAAUGUCACAAUAAUCAUUGGAUUGAAAAGCUUUAUGGGUGUAGAGAAAAAUGCUGUCCUGCAUUUAAUAAAGAUUAUUUUUCGGGUGGGAUUUUAUCUUCUCAAAGGAAGUGGAGAAGUAGAGAGAAUGGGGAAGAUGUUCGAUGUUCACAAGGUGUACCUAUAAUGGUGAUGGAUAAUGUUAAGAUUUUGUUGCAUGUUAGGGAAAUUUAUACAAUUGAGAUAUACUAUUUGUUUGAAGAACAAUUUUUAAAAGGUGGAUCAUGCUAUCAAGAGUGUGUGAUGUUGGAAGAUGGUGUGUACAAGUAUCAUGUUUGGAGGCCUAAUGUUGAUAUUAUUAGGCAUGAAGUGAUCUUUAACAAUAGACAAAUGGACAUUGGAUUUCCUGAGAAGUAUAUUUUGAAGAGGUGGACUAAAAAAGUCGUUGAAGUUGAUAAUUUUGAUAUAAUGUCUAGAGUUGAUAGUGGAAAUUUCAGAGGCUUAGCUGUUUACAAUCAGGAAAAUAUCGAAGGACGGAAGAUUUGUGAAGAAGCAAUUGCAGAUGCAAAGAGAAGACUUGAAGCUGAAUGUGGUGGUAAUUUAUUUGGAGAAUGUGACAUAGGAUCGUCAAGUGGUGUUAUAAAGGAUCCAUCUACUAGGCGGAUGAAAGGGUUGCGAAAUACGAAGAUGAGCAGUGUUAUUUCAAAGAAAUAUAACAAAGCAAGGGGACAGAAGCAUCUUGCACAUAUGGUUGCUUCCAAAAUAAAAUCUGCUGUUCAGUCUCAAGUUGAGGAUGAUAUUUUAAAUAUUGCUGGUGAUGGAUAUCUUGUGCAUCCAAGUUUCGGAGGUUCUAAUUUUUGUCAUGUUAGCACAAUGUGA